CUGCCCGUGGACGCCGCCAGAGAAGCAUCGUUAAAGUCUCUCUUCUCCCUGCCGUCAUGUCUAAGUCAGAGUCUCCUAAAGAGCCCGAACAGCUGAGGAAGCUCUUCAUUGGAGGGUUGAGCUUUGAAACAACCGAUGAGAGCCUGAGGAGCCAUUUUGAGCAAUGGGGAAUGCUCACGGACUGUGUGGUAAUGAGAGAUCCAAACACCAAGCGUUCCAGGGGCUUUGGGUUUGUCACAUAUGCCACUGUGGAGGAGGUGGAUGCAGCUAUGAAUGCAAGGCCACACAAGGUGGACGGAAGAGUUGUGGAACCGAAGAGAACUGUCUCAAGAGAAGAUUCUCAAAGACCAGGUGCCCACUUAACUGUGAAAAAGAUAUUUGUUGGUGGCAGUAAAGAAGACACUGAAGAACAUCACUUAAGAGAUUAUUUUGAACAGUAUGGGAAAAUUGAAGUGAUUGAAAUCAUGACUGACUGAGGCAGUGGCAAGAAAAGGGGCUUUGCCUUUGUAACUUUUGACGACCAUGACUCCGUGGAUAAGAUUGUCAUUCAGAAAUACCAUACUGUGAAUGGCCACAACUGUGAAGUUAGGAAAGCCCUGUCAAAGCAAGAGAUGGCUAGUGCUUCAUCCAGCCAAAGAGGUCGAAGUGGUUCUGGAAACUUUGGUGGUGGUUGUGUAGGUGGUUUCAGUGGGAAUGACAACUUCGGUCGUGGAGGAAACUUCAGUGGUUGUGGUGGCUUUGGUGGCAGCCGUGGUGGUGGUGGAUAUGGUGGCAGUGGGGAUGGCUGUAAUGGAUUUGGUAAUGAUGGAAGCAAUUUUGGAGGUGGUGGAAGCUACAAUGAUUUUGGCAAUUACAACAAUCAGUCUUCAAAUUUUGGACCCAUGAAGGGAGGAAAUUUUGGAGGCAGAAGCUCUGGCCCCUAUGGCGGUGGAGGCCAAUACUUUGCAAAACCACGAAAUCAAGGUGGCUAUGGCGGUUCCAGCAGCAGCAGUAGCUAUGGCAGUGGCAGAAGAUUUUAAUUAGGAAACAAAGCUUAGCAGGAGAGGAGAGCCAGAUAAGUGACAGGGAAGCUACAGGUUACAACAGAUUUGUGAACUCAGCCAAGCCCAGUGGUGGCAGGGCCUAGCUGCUACAAAGAAGACAUGUUUUAGACAAAUACUCAUGUGUAUGGGCAAAAAACUCGAGGACUGUAUUUGUGACUAAUUGUAUAACAGGUUAUUUUAGUUUCUGUUCUGUGGAAAGUGUAAAGCAUUCCAGCAAAGGGUUUUAAUGUAGAUUUUUUUUUUUUUUGCACCCAUGCUGUUGAUUGCUAAAUGUAAUAGUCUGAUCGUGACGCUGAAUAAAUGUCUUUUUUUUAAUGUGCUGUGUAAAGUUAGUCUACUCUGAAGCCAUCUUGGUAAAUUUCCCCGACAGUGUGAAGUUAGAAUUCCUUCAGGGUGAUGCCAGGUUCUAUUUGGAAUUUAUAUACAACCUGCUUGGGUGGAGAAGCCAUUGUCUUCGGAAACCUUGGUGUAGUUGAACUGAUAGUUACUGUUGUGACCUGAAGUUCACCAUUAAAAGGGAUUACCCAAGCAAAAUCAUGGAAUUAUUGGUUAUAAAAGUGAUUGUUGGCACAUCCUAUACAAUAUAUCUAAAUUGAAUAAUGGUACCAGAUAAAAUUAUAGAUGGGAAUGAAGCUUGUGUAUCAUCCAUUAUCAUGUGUAAUCAAUAAACGAUUUAAUUCUCUUGAAAAAA